AACACAGACACACUCUCUGCUGUCAGAGAGCCUUCACUCGCCGCCUGGAACAUUCUGCCUUAUCGGCUGCGUACAGAAAACGGCCACCUAUUGUCCACCCCCCCCCCCGGGGCUAUAUUAUCUCUUUUUCCGUUGCUUUUAACGAGCAUUGUCCCGCUUUGGAGAACCGGGUCAUCUGCACGCAAAAAAAAAAAAAAAAAAGGGCCCGGGGACACAAUAACCGCAGGACGGACGUGAAGAGGCUAAUGCCCGCCGAAGUGUGGUCAGGGCCAGAGGAGGAUGAGUCCGGCCGUCGAGGCUCCGGCCCAACGAGCCAAGGAUGCGGAGAUGCCGCAGUGCUACACGGAGAAAGGGGUCAUACUUGAGCCCUUCAUCCACCAGGUGGGGGGGCAUUCGUGCGUCCUGCGCUUCGGCGAGCAGACCAUCUGCAAGCCGCUCGUCCCCCGCGAGCAUCAGUUCUAUAAGAGCCUGCCGGCCGAGAUGAGACGCUUCACCCCGCAGUACAGAGGUGUCGUGUCCGUCAGCUUCGAAGAAGAUGAAGAAGGGGACCUUUGCCUCAUCGCCUACCCGCUCCGCAGCGACCUGGCGGCCGACCUGGAGAACAAGGACCCCUCGGCCGACAGUGAGCCCAAAAGCAAGAUGCUCAAGUGGAGCAAAAUGCUGGCAUCCUCGCCCCUGGCGGAGAACGAUAACCUCAGCAAAGACGGACGCAGUCGCCACUCCCGCAAAGAUAAGAGCGCUCACAAGCUGCUGGAAGAUGUCGAGCUGGAGUGGCUGCAGCAGGCCGAGGUUCUGUACUACCGCCUGGAGCACAGCCACAGCAAUGCUGUCCCGCAGCUCCAACACAACCCGUGGAGCCUCAAGUGUCACCAGCAGCACCUGCAGAGGAUGAAGGAGAACGCCAAGCACCGGAAUCAAUACAAAUUCAUCCUGCUGGAGAACCUGACGUGGCGGCACACCGUGCCGUGUGUGCUGGACCUGAAGAUGGGCACUCGGCAGCAUGGAGACGAUGCCUCCGAGGAGAAGAAAGCCGUGCAGAUCCGCAAGUGCCAGCAGAGCACGUCCGCAUCGAUAGGCGUCCGACUCUGCGGCAUGCAGGUGUAUCAGUCGGACACCGGCCACCUGAUGUUCAUGAACAAGUACCACGGCCGCAAGCUCACCUCGGAGGACUUCAAGGAGGCGUUGCUGCAGUUCUUCCACAGCGGACGGCGCCUGCGACACGAGCUCCUCUCCCCGGUGCUGCGUCGCCUCCGAGACAUGCAAGCCGCGCUGGAGGCCUGCGAGUCCUACCGCUUCUACUCCAGCUCCCUGCUCAUCAUCUACGACGGGGCGCCACACCGCAAACACACACGCCGACGCACUCAGAGCGGCCUCUCGGAAGAAGACGAGGAGGACGAGGAGGAGGAGGACGCUGAUCCCGAACUGGAGGAAGAGGAAGUAGCGGGCGCUCUUGAUUUCCCCCGCCGUCCCUCCUCAACAGGGGAUGACAGCAGCAGUUGCUCUAGUAGCAGCAGCAGCAGUAGUAGCAGCAGCAGUGGCGGCGGCUGCAUGUCCCAUUCAAGCCCUCGCAGCCCCGUGGUGGACGUGAGGAUGAUAGACUUUGCUCACACCACCUGCAGACAUUACUGCGAGGACAGCGUGGUCCACGAGGGCCAGGACAGCGGCUACAUCUUCGGCCUCCAGAACCUGAUCGCCAUCAUCUCCGAGCUGGAGGACCAACGCUCGGGUUAGACAGAGUUGUCCAUCUCACACACACACACACACACACACACACACACACAGAUUCUUGUAUUUCUUACCUUCUCGAGACCUCCAAAAAAUGCCUACCCUUUUAGUACCACCCUUUUUAAAUGUAUAAAGAUUAGUAUUUACUACAAUAAUAUAUAAAAACUACCGUAUUUCCUUGAAUUGCCGCCGGGGCGCUAAUUAAUUUAAAACCUCUUCUCACUCCUGAGCUUACCAAAGGCAUGCGGUAAAAGUAAGCAUGCGCUAAUUAUUUUAAAACCUCUUCUCACUCCGGCACUUACCAAAGGCAUGCAGUAAAAAUUUGAGUGUGAUGUAAGCUUGGACCUUAAAUCCUAUUGAAUAGCUCUUAAUCUUCCUUCCUUUAUGCGAUUUCAAAUUACCGGUAUUGAAAUCAGCCUCCUCCAUUUUGAAAAUGAUGGUCACGAGUUUGACCAGGCGGUAAUACUAAGCAUGCGCUAAUUAUUUUGGGAAGCGAGUUCGACCCGGCAGUAAAUAAAGGCAGGCGCAUACUAUAUGCCCUGCGGCAAUUCAAGGAAAUACGGUAUAUAAAGAUUUGUAUUUACUAGAUUAAUAAUAUAUUAAAACUGCAAAUAUAGAAAAAUAAGCUUUUAUUGAUUAAUUUUUAAAAAAUAUUUAGUUUAAUUGUUUUUUAAUCUUCAUGAUUCACUUCGUUAUUACAGUAUGUCUCGAUGUACAUAUUUAUUUUAUUUUUUAAAUUAAUUAAGAAAAUAAUAAUAAUAAUUAAAAAAAAUAAAGCCUUCCACUUCCAAAAACAUGCACCUGGGAAUAGGUUGAUUGGCAAAAAAAAAAAUAGAGUGUGAAUGUUGUCUGUCUCUGUGUUGGCCCCGCGAUGAGGUGGUGACUUGUCCAGGGUGUACACCGCCUUCCGCCCGAUUGUAGCUGAGAUAGGCUCCAGCGACCCCAAAGGGAAUAAGCGGAAGAAAAUGGAUGGAUGGAUUAAAUUAACUUUGUCCAAAUGGGCCAUAUUUACAAUUUCUUAUUCACACUUAUUUCAUAUGUUGACCAGAGGGGGAGCACUUUUAAAAGCGACACACAAUCCAUUUGAAAAAUCCCUCCUAUUUGGGACCACCCUCAUUUUGAUAGAUUUCAACACCAGGGGUGCAAAUGAAACAUUCUCUAUUAGAUGCAAUGGUUUUCUGUAUUGGGACCAUAAAAGGGACAAGCGGUAGGAAAUGGAUGGAUUUAUGUCCUUACUUGUUGAUGUCUCAAGAAGGGUAGAAAUACAAUAACAUAUACACAUAUUUUUGUAUUUCUUACCUUCUUGAGACCUCCGAAAAAUGCCUACCUCUUUAGGACCACACUUUCUAGAUAUAAAAAUAUUUUUAUUUACAUUUUUAAUAAUAUAUACAAACUAUGCAAAUAUGAAAAAGGUAAGCUUUUAAUUCAUUUUUUUAUUUUGAAUUUUUUGUUUGUAAAUAAUUUUUAGUCUAAAUUAUUUAUUUCAAAUUAUUACAGUAUGUCUCCAUAUACAUACUUGUUUUGUAGAGGUUCAUUUAGCCCACUGAUGUGUAUUUAGAAAUGGUUGUUUUAUAUAAAAGCUAGUAAAGUAGACCGAAGAAGCCAGAAGCAAGGCAGCCGAAACUUGUCGGGUACAAAACUUUACCUUACUAGCCUAUAUAAAUCAACCAUUUAUAAAUAUAUAUAUUUUAUUUUUAUUAAUUAAUUUUGGCCGCAUUUCAAAUUCUUACGCACACUUGUUAUUUCAUAUGUUGGCCAAAGGGGGAGCACUUUUAAAACCGACACACAGUCCAUCCGACAAAUCCCUCCUUUUUGGGACCACCCUUAUUUUGAUAGAUUUCACCACCAGGGGUGCAAAUGAGACAUUCUCUAUUAGAUGCAAUGGUUUUCCAUAUUGGGACCAUGAUUUAUGUCCUAACUUGUUCACCGGUCCUCAUAUGGACGGUACUUUUCCUUGAUGUCUCCAGAAGGGCAGGAAAAACAAGAACACAAGCAUUUUUGUAUUUGGUACCCUCUUGAGAACGCCGAAAAAUGCCUACUUCUUUAGGACCGCCCUUUCUAGAUAUAAAAAGAUUUGGAUUUGCUACAUUAAUAAUAUAUACAUACUAUGCAAAUAUAAAAAAAGUAAGCCUUUAUUAUUAUUAUUUUUUAAUUGUUUUUUAAUCUUCAUUAUUCACUUCAAGUUAUUACCGUAUGUCUCUAUAUACAUAUUUAUUUUAUUUUUUUAAUUAAUUUUGGCCAAAGGGGGCGCAUUUCAAUUUCUUACACACACUUGUUAUUUCAUAUGUUGACCAGAGGGGGAGCACUUUUAACACCGUCACAGUCAAUUUGAAAAAUCCCUCCUUUUUGGGACUACCCCCAUUUUGAUAGAUUUCACCACCAGGGGUGCAAAUGAGACAUUCUCUAUUAGUUUUCCUAAUUUUCCAUGGACGGUACUUUUCCGUGUUGAUAUCUCAAAAAGGGUAGAAAUACAAGAACACACACACACUUACACACAUUCUUGUAUUUCCGACCUUCUUGAGACCUCCAAAAAAUGCCUACCUCUUUAGGACCACCCUUGCCAUAUAUAUAUAUAUAUAUAUAUAUAUAUAUAUAUAUAUAUAUAUAUAUAUAAAAGCUGCAAUGAGGUGGCAACUUGUCCAGGGUGUACACCGCCUUCCGCCCAAUUGUAGCUGAGAUAGGCACCAGCACCCCCCGUGACCCCAAAGGGAAUAAGCGGUAGAAAAAUGGAUGGAUGGAUGGAUGGAUAUAUGUACAUAUAUAAAAUUUGUAAUUGCUACAUUAAUAAUAUAUACAUACUAUGCAAAUUUAAAAAACGUAAGCUUUUAAUUUAAUUAUAUAUAUAUAUAUUGUCUAUAAUUGGUUUUUAAUCUACAUUAUUCACUUCAAUUUAUUACAGUAUGUCUUUAUAUACAUAUUCAUUUAAUUUUUUUCAAUUAAUUUUAGCCAAAGGGGGCGCAUUUCAAUUUCUUACACACACUUGUUAUUUCAUAUGUUGGCCAGAGGGGCCAUCCUAAAUUUGAUAGUUUUAACCCCCAGGGGUGCAAAUAAGACCUUCUCUAUUAGUUUUCCUAAUUUUCCAUGAUUUCGGCCCGAACUUGUUCACCCGGUCCUCACAUGGACGGUACUUUUCUUUGAUGUCUCAAGAAUUGUAGAAAUACAAGAACACAGACGCACAACAACACCAACACUACAUCUGACGCUUUGACGCCAACUGGGCGACGGAAGAGGAGCAAAAGUCCCACUUCCUGUUUCAGUUUAGUCGGCGCUCUACAUUGUUUCCGUGCGGUCUGCGGUUUCUUUUAGCUUCGAACGAGUCACUUUCCACAAAAUAAAGCUGAGGAAGGACGAUUUCCAAAGAGAGUUGGCACUUAAACACAUUCAGCCAGGGCGAGAGUGUAUGCAGCUUGAAUAAUCAUCUUGACUUCCAGAGGCUAUAUUCCUAGCAGGCUUCGAGACGUAUUUAUUUAUUUGGACAAAGUCUCAUCGAGUAAACUUAACGCUUCAAAUGUAAGAAGGGAGAGCGCUACAUUCCACUUUAUUACAAUAAUGAUAUUCAUUGAUAUAUGUUUGGAUACCUCUGUUUUGUCCAGUUUCAUGGGGGAAGAAUAAAGACUUUGGUUUGUUUUAA